UGCUGCUUUUUUCAUAGUUUCUUCGUGUCUUUCGUUUGAAAUGAAUGGUGUCAUGGUGUGUUAUUAUGGGCUGUUUCAAUUCUUAGUGUUUUUUGGAAUGAUUAUGUUGUAAUAAAAUCGGUUUGCAGGAGAGAUGAUAAAGCUUGUUUCUUUUUCCUCGUUUGAUGCAUCCUUCUUUUAAAACGAAGGUUCUGAAUUCGAAUGAUUUGUCGGCUCUAUCACAUGAUCUUUAGUUCUAAAAGCCUAAACCUAGUUCUAUAAUAAUUUGGUGUUGCCAAAUGAGAAAGUGUCGAUGGUUUAAAUUCCCGAUAACUUUCUCUUGCGACACACGCAACAUGUAAUAGCUUAACUGCACCUUGUCUUAUUGCAAACAUGUACGAGGCUUAACUGUAAAUAAUAGCUUGUGUGAAGUUGUCUAAUCUUUUGACGCACGUCUUAAAAUUAAACAUGUUUUCUCCCCGAACCCCGUUUAAUAUUUUAUUUCUGAUUUGUGACAGCUUAUCGGCACUUACCGGAUGUUUUAAUUCUGUUUCAACCGAGCAUAAAUAAUGGACAGUAAACUAGUUGUGACAUACAAGAGGAAGAGGCUAUUUUCAAGAAGAUACAAUGACUGUACAGAUUUGAAUCCCGAUGCUCCUUCCGAGACUUCAGAGUCGAAAACCCUAAAAAAAGUCAACAAUCGCGAGGAGUCAACAACUGCUGAAUAUGUACUGCGGAAGGACACAGAAUUCGGGAUACACCAAGAAUAUUCCGAAGGGAAUCUUGUGGAAGAUGUGGUGCAAUGUGAAUUUUGUGAUUCUCAUGGUGAAUGUUCUGAGUUGCAUAGGCUUUUAUCCGCUUGUACGAAACAGCAAGAUUCUUCAGUUUCCGAUGAAAAUGAAAAAGAUGCGAAGAAAAUGAAAUUUUCCCCAACUUCUGAUGUGGAACAAAUUACAGUUCAGCCAAAGUUACUUUCAGAGGGAAAUAACGCAGCUGAAGAAAAAUCAGCCGAGCCUCAGUCGAAAUUGCUAUUUGUGAAGCCGAGCUCGGAAUAUGGAGAUAAGAGCGAGGAGAAAAAAUCGAUUUCGUCACCUCCUAUUUUAGGAACACUUAAUUUGGAGGAAACGGACAAAAUUAGUAAAGAUCAACGAAGCAGCUCGUGCAGUAACUUAGCCACAAAGCGGAGAUUAGACUCGAAUUUAAUAACAUUCCGUAGACGAGUCAAACGGAGCAAUAAUGUUGCUACACGCGGCAUUGACUCUAAAGAUGCAGAGAAGAAACAAUCUGACGUGGAUAUUGCUAAUUCGUGCUCGUUUUCCGCUCCAGCUCCAGAAACAGCAGUGAUCGCACACGUGGAUAAAUCGCCGCUUCUUCCACAAGAAACGGCUACAGACACCCCUGCUGACGUGGCACAGGUGGAGAUUUUGUCUUCAUUACAAGGAAAUGUUUCCAUGGAUGCCCAAAAUAAUAACCACCACAUAAAUGAUAAGAAACCGGAGAACAUUUCGAAUGAUGACGUGGCCACUGUAAGAGUGCGUAGUGACACCUCGGGGAAGAAAGAUUCCUUAUUGUCACUCGAUUUGUCCAUUUCUCGUAACGCUGCUCUUGAUAUCGACUGCAAUCGACCACUCGACUGCGGUUCUGACGAAAAUCAUACUAUACCGACAGCUCUUAGAGACAAGGGAAAGCUUGUAAUAGAAUCUCCACCAACAUCGGCGGGGCCCACCUCGUACAAAAACAGUUAUUUUCAGUUAUUCCCGGAGAAUAGAACCGAUGACGUGCCGCAAAAAGUGGGCCCGCUCCGUCCACCACCAACCUCACAGCACUCCUCGUACUUCAACUCGGGCCACGCAGCUUAUUCUUCAUCAUACGCAUGGCCGAAUAUUCAACUGCAACAACAACAACCUCGAGAAGCCUUUCACGAGUUCUUACAACAUCCCAAUCUGAAUCGAGCAGAGUCGUCGUUUUCAAGGCAAAAGAUGACCAUGCUCGAUAAUGCGUUGACCAGAGCAAGAGCUGUUAGAGGGUCAAACCGAAGCAGCUUCUUGGAUAGAUUCGAACCCCCGACUAUCUGGUCGGAAGAGGAACUGGAUUGUCUUUGGAUUGGUGUAAGAAGGCACGGCAAAGGCAACUGGGACUCCAUACGAAUGGACCGAAGACUGAUUUUUUCGCCUUGGAAAACGGCCCACGACUUGGCUGAAAGGUGGCUGUACGAGCAAGCUCGGAUUUUUUCUUACAAUAAUCCCGCUCCUCAGGUACACUACGCGGGCCCACCACAAGAUCAUUGGUCAAGCCAUUUCACCAAUCCGCCUGGAGAUGCACGACAAUCCUACGCAGGCGGGUCCCUCCAUAGACCGUUACUGCAUCACCCUCCUAUGACGAAUAACAAGAAACUUGAAAAGCAAAGUACAAACGUCGGCUCGUCUAGUAAUGCAGGUCAGGUGAAGGGGAACUUGCCACACUGGCUGAAAGAAGCUGUGCAAGUACCGAGCUCUGGGAUGAGGUGGCAAAACCAACCUAAUUUUCAGUCCACCGAAUAUCCGAAUAAAAGAGCUACUACUACGAAUGCACCGUUGGUUAUAGGUAAUGCUAGUAAGAAGAAAGAAUUGAUAGUUAUUACAAGUGAUGCCUCGUCUGAAGAGACAAUAUCCGAUGAUCGUGGAGGCAGGCCGUAAUUAGCUAGAACUUAACCACCACCACCACCCCCCACAC